AUGUUCCGUGUCGAACUUCUUGCAAACUCCUCGUCUCAUGCCACCCCGGGCUACACCUAUGUCGCAGACCGGGGGUUUGACCCUGCGAAAGCAGCCAUGGCCCCUGCACUAGGCCGCAAACGCGGAAUCCACCAUGCCGGCAAAGGCGGGGACAUCUCUUCACGGCGCGCGAAUGCCAUCGUCCGCCACCUCGCCGAGCUAGAUCGUGAGAACCAGCGCGACGUGCAAAUACCCGUACCCGCAAAGCCGGCCAAAGAGGCUGGCGCACGCGUCUCGCGCACGAAAACGACCUCGAACGUGCGCCGCAUUCUCGUAUCGCAGAAGACAUUCCGGAAUCACCUCGAUGAUGAGGAGGCUGCUAUCGCUGCUGGGGGUGGCGGUUUGAGUGUACCGCAGGGGGGAGCAGCCGCUGGCCCUGCGGUACCAUCGAGAGCAAAAGCUGCGGUAGCGGCCCAGGCAGCGCGGCGGAGCUUGACGCCAGCAUCUAAUGCGGCCGCACGCAAGAAGCGCACAUUGACUGUAGCUACUACCUCUACCCCUACGCCCGCACCCUCACAACCCGACACUACGGAUGCCGAAGCGGAAGAGCCUACUUCCGAGCGGAAACACAAGCUCAUCAAGACCGAACACGACGACGAUCCCCUCCUGCGCUCAUACGCUCCAACUAUGCCUUCAGACCGCAUCAUGCAGCGUCUUUUGGCAGAGCCAGCUUUGUCCUAUAAUGCGUCGCGCGCGGGACCACCGAUUUCGACACAACUGCCGCGCGCUUUCUGCUGUAUGUGUGGAUACUGGGGCAAGAUUCGGUGCAAGAGCUGUCAUUUGCGCACUUGUGGCCUUGAAUGUUAUAAAGUUCACGAGGAUUCAAGGUGUGGUGCCUUCUUCUAG